CUCUUUAGUUGACAGUUUUAAACAUGACUGAUAGCACGUAUCCAUAACUUCUGAUAAUGUAGCUAGUACUUCUCACUCAUUAACUAGUGACUACGGAAGAGAGGAGGGUCUUCUUACUAAUGGCGUCUACUAUUGUCUUCUUUUCGGUCAAGAAAACCGCUCAGACCACUACAAGACGAUGUUUGAAGGGUCUUGCUCAUAGUCCGUCAGUGUCUUUGCUUCCGGGGGGGAGAUGGUCUUCGAGAGGGACAGGCGUGCGGUUUAUGUCCCAAGGGACCGCAGCCGGGAGAUCCAGGAGGGGUGCCCUGGCGCUCAGUGCAGCCGCUGCGGUAACAGCUGCUACAGCGGUCGCGGGGUUCCUGGCCAACGCUGACCACUUCCAGCGAGCAGAAAUGGCAACCAGCGUCCCCCAAACUGCAGAGGAGAAGAAGAAGAAGAAGAAGGAUUAUGAAGAUGAGGGGGACAUUGUGGAAAGGUGUAAAGACUUCAUGUCUGUUCCAGUGACCGACAUAAAGGUGUUGCAAGAAAGGAAGCAGGAGAUGAGUACCAAGAUGGAGAUGCUGAUCAUGGAGACUCAGGCCGAAUUCUGUAAAGCCCUGCAGGAGGUGGACGGUGGGACCUUCAAGGUGGACCGAUGGGACAGGAAAGAAGGUGGUGGAGGGAUCAGCUGUGUGAUGCAGGAUGGAAAGGUGUUUGAGAAGGCUGGAGUCAACGUGUCAGUGGUGUUUGGAAACCUGACUGAAGAGGCUGCAAAACAAAUGAGGAGCAGAGGAAAAGUCCUGAAAGGGAAAGAUGGUAAGCUGCCUUUUUGUGCCAUGGGUGUGAGCUCAGUCAUCCACCCAAAGAACCCCCACAUACCCACAGUGCACUUCAACUACAGAUACUUUGAGAUUGAAGAGGCAGAUGGCACCAAGCAGUGGUGGUUUGGUGGAGGAACUGACCUGACUCCUGUAUAUAUUGAUAAAGAAGAUGCCCAUCACUUCCACAAAACCCUGAAGGAGGCCUGUGACCAGCACCACCCGCAGUAUUACCCCGACUUUAAAAAAUGGUGUGAUCGAUACUUCUUCGUUCGCCACAGAGGAGAGACUCGUGGUAUAGGAGGGAUCUUCUUUGACGACCUGGACUCUCCGAACCAGGAGCAAGUGUUCAAAUUUGUCAAGAGCUGCGCACGCACUGUGGUGCCCUGUUACCUUCCCAUCGUGUACAAACAUCUCAGUGACUCCUUUACUGCUGAGGAGAAGGACUGGCAGCAGGUUCGGCGAGGGAGAUAUGUGGAGUUUAACCUGGUGUACGACAGAGGAGUGAAGUUCGGCCUGGCCACGCCCGGCUCCAGAAUCGAGAGCAUCCUCAUGUCCCUCCCUCUCACUGCCAGGUGGGAGUACAUGCACGAGCCUCCCAAAGGUUCCCGGGAGGCAGAGAUGCUGGAGGUGCUCCGAAACCCAAAGGAGUGGGUGUGAGCGUGGUGUAGACGGGUUCACAAAGGUUAUUUGUUGUAUUUUGAAAAGCUGCGACUGGUGGGACAAAAUCUGCGUUUAAAAAAACCACGUUAAAUUAUAAUGGCCGCUCUCUAUAUAUAAAUACUUUUGUUUUAUUGUUAUUUUUGUUGAUUUGUGUUUGAUCAUAUCAGCCUCGUCAGAGCUUUACAGAAUGAGAUGAUGGUUUGUGCCAACAGUCAAGUGACCUGCCAUCUGGUCAUCUGAUGACUUGAAUUUUUGUAUUUUCUUUAACUUGUCAAAACUUUAAUUUCUUUAGAUUCUGUUUAAUGAAGCACUGAAAGGGAAAAGAAACUGAACCACUCUGUACAUCACCACUGCUGUCCAUAGCAAUAAACCUGGUUUCUGA